GGGGGGUUUAAGUCCUUACAGAGAAAGAGGGCUUAUGCAUACAUGUGCAUCUGUAAAUUAUGCUGAUGUCGUGGGAAGGGAAUUUGAUAGAGAAAUUGUUGUUGAAAUGCUUUUAAAAUCAGGAAAUGAACCUACCCUUUUUGUAUUUCCCAUUGUUGGAGUAGGAGGCACUGGAAAAACUACUCUUGCGAAAUUGGUGUAUAAUGAUCGAAAGAUUGUUAGACAUUUUCAAUUGCGUUUGUGGGUUCGCGUGUUUAAAGUAGAUGAAUUGCUGGAACAAAUUGUGAAGUCAGUUAGAGAAGAUAUAUGUGAGAAUCUUGAUAUGAAUGAACUGCAGAAUCUAGUUCGUAAGGCUUUGCACGAAAAGAAUUAUUUGAUUGUUUUAGAUGAUGUGUGGAAUGAGGACCCAGUGAAGUGGGAUGAAUUGAAGAAGUUGUUGAUGGUGGGUGCUUGUGGAAGCAAGAUUCUUGUAACUACUAGGUUAGAGGAAGUAGCUUCGAUGAUGGGGACGGUUCCUGCAUACUGUUUGAAGGGUUUAUUAAGUGAAGAUUGUCUGAUUUUGUUCCUGAGAAACGCCUUUGAACAAGGUCAAGAAGUGCUAUAUCCAAAUCUCGUUGGGAUUGCAUCAGAUAUAGUGCAGAAGUGUGAGGGAAAUCCCUUAGUCUUAGAGGCUGUAGGAUCUUCAUUGUACAAGAAAACUGAGGAAUCGCUGUGGAAUGAAGUUAAAAAUCAUUGGAGGUGGAACUCAAAUCAGUAUGACACAGCUGCUCUGAGAAUGAUCUAUGAGCAAUUGCCAUCUAAUCUCAAAGUUUGUCUUGCUUACUGCUCAAUAUUUCCCAAGGGCAGUGUGAUAGAAAUAGAUAAAUUGAUACAGUUGUGGGUAGCAGAGGGUCUCAUUAGUCAGUCUUCUAAUGAAUCCGAAGAUCUUGAGGACAUUGGGAUUCAAUAUUUCCAAGGGUUAUUGUCAAGAUCCUUUUUUCAAGAAGUUGAAGAAUAUCGUUCCAUUUUUACCUCAAUCUGUAGAAUGCAUGACCUUGUACAUGAUCUUGCAUUGUCAGCAGCAGGGUUUGAAUUCUGUACGGUAACUUCUCAUAUACAAAACAUUUCUGAUGAGGUCAGACAUGUGGCAUUUUCUGACUAUGAUUUGUCAGGCAAGGAACUGCCACCAUCCCUUCUCAAUAACCAUGCAUUAAGGACCAUAUCCUUCUCUGUCGAUGGAAUAGGGCCAAUGAGUACAUUGUAUGUUGAGAACUGCAUGGCAAGAUUCAUGCAACUUAGGGUGCUAGAUAUGAGUGAUUCAUGUUUUGAUGAGCUGCCUAGCUCUAUUGGCGAAUUGAAGUACUUAAGAUAUCUUGACAUAAGUGGCAAUGGCAGCAUUAAAGAAUUACCCGAUUCGAUUAACAAGUUGCUGAGCUUACAGACACUUCGAGUUUCUCAUUGUGCACAACUUGAAGGGCUACCUAAAGAUAUUGGAAAUUUGAUCAGCCUAAGACACUUGCAUAUAACCACUAAGCAAGCAUGUUUUCCUGAUAAAGCAAUUGGCUGCUUAUCAUCUCUUCGUUCUUUGUUUAUUUACAGCUGCAACAAUCUCGUAUCUUUGUCUGAAGGUCUGCAACAUCUGACUAGCCUUCGCACACUGGCAAUUAUUGGCUGCCCAAGACUGAUCUUUCUCCCAAGUGCUAUGAAACACCUUAAUGCUCUGGAGAAUCUGUUGAUUGUUGACUGUGAAGAGCUAGCAUUGUUGGAGUGGCAAGAUAUCGAAGGACUUAGGAUGGUCCGGUCAUUGGUUAUUGGAGGCUUACCCGAAUUGGAGUCAAAAGAUGUUCAAUGCCUUGGGAGCCUUCAGAUGUUGGUGCUUGCUGGUUUACCACAGUUAGAUACUUUGCCCCGAUGGCUUGAAGGUGCCAGUGUUACUCUACAAUACCUGAGGGUGGAAAGGUGCCCGAAAUUUGCAGCAUUGCCAAAGUGGCUGGAAAAUCUCAGCUCACUUGAAAAACUUGAAAUAUCCAAGUGCAGUACAUUAUUUUCAUGGCCCGAGCGGAUGAGUUGCCUCUCUAACCUGAAGGUACGUAGGAUCGACAACUGACUGAACUUGAGUUCAGAAUGCCAAGGAAGGACCUCUCAUAUUUCUCAGGCUCAAAUAAACGGAAAUUGGCUCAAUGACCCAACAAUCCUUUGUUGGUUAUCAUGUUUCAUUUUUAUGUAUUUUCCAGUUUCUUCAGUUUUUGUUUUCUUCCUAUCUGCUUGUUUCAAAGUCUUGGUUGUGUUACUUAUACAAAUUGUUCUUAUCUUGACUGUUAAGUGGGCACUCUAAUUGCUUUGUUUUAUGGGAAAAUAAGCUACAUUUCUUG